AUCAAUAAUAUUCACAGUGAGAUGAAUGUGAUUAUGAAUGAAGUGGGCUAACGAAAGACACAUUUUCAGACUUGAUAUUAUGAAUUUGACCCAGUCUGUCGUUAGCCUACUUUGUCGUUGGUGAGAACAGAGAUAUUCACAGUUUGCUGUCAACCCACUUCUGUUAAGCCCCGUUCAAAUUUGGUGGUUUGGUAAAGUUUUUAGGUUAUAUUGAUUGAUUUUUAUAACUUGAUCACGUUCUUUGUUUAGGUUAAGAAUAUUACAAUUAAUCUUUGAAUAAUAUCGUAAUGUACAUUCCUGCUUAUAAAAAUUUCUUAUUUGUACAUUGAAAAUUUUGAAUACCCAACCAUCUAACUGUUUUUGGACAUCCAAAAGUGGAAGAUAUAAUUGAAGAGAAACAUGACUUCUACACCGGCGCAGCAAACCGAUCAGAAGGAGAAGAAACGUAAAGAGAGUAUUCUCGACCUGUCCAAAUACCUGGAGAAGGUGAUUAGAGUGAAGUUCUCUGGCGGUCGCGAGGCGGCUGGCGUCCUCAAGGGAUAUGACCCUCUACUCAAUCUUGUCCUCGAUGAUACCACUGAAUUUCUUCGAGAUCCAGAUGAUCCUUACAAAUUGACGGAAGACACGCGAAUGUUGGGCUUGGUGGUGUGCCGUGGCACUUCUGUGGUGCUCAUAUGUCCGGUUGACGGCAUGGAAAGCAUACCCAACCCUUUCGUUCCACAAGACUCUUGAAUUAUUAUUUCCAUUUUUCAAUUAAUAUUAAGCAGUAAACCAUUUUUCCAUACUUAAA